AUGGCUCCUCAUGCGGGGUUCGACGCCGAACAGAUUAGAGACAAUGCUCGAAAGGAUCUUCUUUAUCUUCUUGAAGGCGUUCGCGGGAAGAAGAAUCUCGUCAUCGAGCGUAGCUUGGCUGGCCCAAUAGGUGUCGUAGUCAAGGUAUCAACCCUACAAGAUUAUGGCGUAGACAAGUUCUUCAUUCUCGAAAAUAAGAAUGCUGACACGAGCCAACGCAAUGUCGUGUUUAUGGCACGAGGGGAGUCUGCCCGCCACGCUCAAUCCAUAGCAGAGCAUAUUAAGCGGCUACAACGCGAAAGCCAGACCGGUCACGAAUUCCACAUCUUCUGGGUACCCCGCCGUACUCUGGUAUCUGAUAAGCUCUUAGAGGAAGCUGGUGUGUUAGGCGAUGUGAACAUUGCGGAGCUCCCGUUAUAUUUCUUCCCACUUGAGCGAGAUGUCCUAUCUCUGGAGCUCGACGACUCUUUUCGGGAUCUUUUUCUAUUCAAAGAUACAACACCGACAUUUCUAAUGGCGAGAGCCUUGAUGGGAAUUCAAUCCAAACACGGACUAUUCCCGCGCGUCAUUGGAAAGGGUGACAACGCGAAGCGCGUGGCGGAACUACUCACCAGAAUGCGACAGGAGAUACUGGCUGGGGAAGAUGCGAGUGAAAAUACCCGGUCUGGGCUUACACCAAGCAACACGAUAGAAAGUGUGAUAUUGAUUGACCGCGAAGUCGAUUUUGUUACGCCUUUACUCACGCAACUGACAUAUGAAGGGCUGAUUGAUGAGGUCUGGGGGAUUCAGAAUAAUCAAGCUGAUAUCGAUUCUACUAUCGUGGGAGCUCCGCCACAGCCUGUAUCUCAGAGCGCGACUACUCCGACAGCCAGUGCCCCUUCGAGGAAGCGUAAAAUACAACUGGAUUCUUCAGAUAAACUUUACGACGGACUCCGCGACGCAAACUUCGCAAUUGUUGGUACACUACUCAACAAAGUUGCACGAAGGUUGCAAAGCGACUAUGAUAGCCGCCAUUCGUCUAAGACAACCGCGGAGCUUAAAGACUUCGUGAAAAAAUUACCCGGCUAUCAAACAGAGCACCAGAGCUUGAAAAUACAUACUGGGCUUGCCGAAGAGAUUAUGAAACAUACACGAGCAGAUCAAUUCAGUCGCAUGCUAGAGGUCCAACAGAACCUCGCUGCGGGUGCCGAUCCCAGUUCCCAAUUUGAGGCUAUUGAAGAAUUAAUCGCAAGAGAUGUGCCGUUGCAAGAGAUACUGAGACUCUUAUGUGUAUAUUCAUGCAUAUCUGGUGGUAUCAAGACAAAAGACUUCGAUCAUUUUAGACGCUUGAUAUUAGAAGGCUACGGGUACCAACAUUUCUUAACCUUAGUUAACUUGGAAAAGCUGCAGCUAUUCUUAUCUCGCGCUUCGCCUAUGGCAAGCAUGAUCCCUAUGCCCGGUUCGGGGACGACAACCGGAACUAAAACAAAUUACGCCUACUUACGCAAACAGCUUCGUUUAAUCGUUGACGAAGUUAAUGAGCACGACCCCAAUGACAUCGCAUAUGUAUAUAGUGGCUAUGCGCCCCUUUCGAUCCGUCUCGUACAAUGUAUACUGCAGAAGCAAUAUCUCCUUUCCAUUACACGUGGCAACGGGACGACUGGCGCAAGCACAGCUGCUAGUAGCGGUGCGCAAGGGUGGCGAGGUUUCGACGAGGCUGUGAAACAUGCACGGGGUCAGACGUUUGACGAACUACAAAAGGGCGAAGACAAAGCAGUCAAGGCUCGAGCUCUAUUAUCUGGAGGGGGCGACAAGAAGACGGUGUUUGUUGUAUUCGUAGGAGGAAUAACAUUUACUGAGAUCGCUGCGCUGCGAUUUAUCGCAAAAAAGGAAGAAGGUAGGAGGAAUAUUGUAAUUUGCACUACCUCGAUCAUUAGCGGGAAUAAGAUGAUGGAUGCUGCGGUAGAGAAGAAGUCAUUUGCGAGGGAGCCACCUAAGCCGGCUGCUGCUUCGUCUACGGCCUAG